UGUUUUUGGAUAACGUAAUAACAUAAAAAAUGGUAUAAGACGUUAUUUUGUUAAAUGAAACAGCGUUACGCUCGUAGAUGGCAGUCGCAGUCAGAGACACGAUGAGUUAAAGCCCAUACCAGCUGAUUUGGACAGUGUUUAUGUUUUAUAAUGGCUGCUGUGUCGUUGCUGUUGUUAUCAUCUGUGCGUCUCACAUCAGCACCUCGGUUACGACUUACGGAGAUUGCAAACUGCAGACGCAUGACACGACUUCUUGCACGGGUCCAACGUUGUUUCACAUCGGUAUGUUAGUUCGUCUAUGUGCUGUUUUACUUCAUGAAGAUCUUGAUAUAACAUGAUCGAUGUUUUGAUGUAAACAGUGACCCCGUGAACUGGUGACCUUAAGUCGCAGUUAGUGCCAGAAUAAUCUUGAAUUAUAGAGGUGUAUUUUGACAUGGUAUUGAAACAACACAGUGACUAAAAAGCUUUACAUCUGUAGGGGAGAGUGGGGUAAGUUGAGCCACCCUCUGUUGCUUGGAAGUGGUAAAAGAAAUUGAUCAUGUGACCAAACUCUUAGGAGAUGGUCAUCAACUAUGACCUAUGGAGUCUGUGAAGGUUAGAAGCACAUGGGUGAAGGGGUUAGACAUUUUUUUCCAAAAAAACGUCUUUCACUCUUGAAAGUGAAUUUAGUCUGUCAUAAGUUUUAUUAGAAUUGUUUUCAGACCAAAAAAGAUCAUUUUAAAUUUGUUCUAUACAUCAAUUGUGGUAUCUAUGAGCUACAACAUGAGGUCAAAAACCUAGCAGAAAAGUCCACAGUAUACUACUGUCCACCAUUUUAGCUUAGAGGACUAAUAAAGUCAUAAUAGUGGUUCUGGGGUAAGUUGAGCCAGUGGCUCAACUGAGAAAGUGAAGGAGUCUGAUGAGAGGAUCAGAGUUUCAGUUCAGAUUGUUGAAAUGUGUUACUUUUUCUUCUCAAAAAUACAGCUGUGAAUGUCCUGAUAUUGGAUGGUGUAUAUUACUACUACUAUUAUUAUUAUUAUUAUUAUUAUUAUUAUUAUUAUUAUUUUGUAUCAUACUGAAUUAUUGUGGUCUUGCUGUAUGGAGUAGGGGUAUCGGCUGUAGGUCUGAUGGGCCUGAUCUCGCUGAUCUUGGAAGGAUCAAGCUUGAUCUAGGGUUUCUUUUAUUGGUACGCAAACCACACAUUGCACUUUGUUUCUGCACUUUAUGCACUCUGCUCAAGCAGAAAUACUGGUAUGACUGACAUAUGCUUUUUUUUACCUUCUAAAUCGUCUUUAAUGCUUUUCCCCCCCUGAAUUGUUUUUUUUAUGUAAAUGUAUUUUCUUUUAUUUUCUUUUAUGAUGUAUGGCAGUGUUUUCAAUGCCUGUGCCUGCUGCAGGACGAUUUGCCCAUUUUGGGACAUAAUAAAGUUGAAGUGAAGUGAAUCACUUAUAGACAUUCUUAUGUUUAAAUGACUUUUUACAAAACAGCUUUUUAGCAGUAAUAUGCAAUAAUAAUAAAAAGAAUUAUUGUACCAGUUGAAUAACAUAUAAUAGAUAAAAAAUACACAUGAAUGUGAAGAAUUGACUGUUAUUUAGGGAGAGAGAAGGUGAGGGAGGGCUGGGGUGGAGAGUGGGGGGUUGUAGGGAUACAGCUCAAGUGGUCUCCUAUGGUCAACUUACCCCAUGUAUGGGGUUAGUUGACCAUAGGAGACCUUUUUUUUGGCAUGCUAUAUUAUCAAGACAGUUAUGUUUACACUCAUUCUGUUGGUUUGCAGGGAUGCACAACAUCCUGAAAUAUAUGUGGAUACACGAGUUAGAGACAAAACUAUGAGCACCUUAAUGUAGUGAUCUGAAAUCUGAGAAAUGGCUCAUCUUACCCCACUCUACCCAAUACCAAAUGUCUUACAAACCAUAUUGAUUGUAACUAGAGGUUCACUGUGUGGCCCACUGAAUCUUGCACAAGACUUUUUCCAUGAUGUAUCCUUUUUUUUUUUCAGGACACUUCGAAUUCAUCAAAUGAGCAACUCAGCUCUGGACUGCAAAGAUACAGGGGCUUGCAGGAGUAUUUCUACAGGAGACUUAAGGAAACAUAUCACAGGUUCUCAGACCUACCUGAUCACUCAGAGGUAAGGCCUUCUAUCUGGGUUUGUACCAUUUUAUGACUGCACUGAUAUUAACCUCAAAGGGGUUAAUUACAACAACAUCUACCUCAUGUACAUAACUCAUCUGUUAUAUGACAUGUGCAAAAGUUUUAGGCAGGUAUGGAAAAAAUACUGUAAACUAAGAAUGCUUUAAAAAAAUAUAAAUAAUGAUUGUUUGUCUUUCUAACUAUCUACAUAAUGCAAAGUAUUCCAACAAAAGAAAAAUCUAAAUCACAUCAGUAUCUCAUGGGAAUUUUAGAAAUGCUUUAAACAGUCAAUUCGUCCAUUUGUAGUUGGCCUGUUUGAAGAGGCUCUAGAGAAAAAGGAGCUCCCCAUACUCUUAGACAAGGAUUGAUAAAACUAGUCCCAAAGCCAAAAAAAAGGAUAAAUUAGGCAUUGAAAGCUGGAGACCAAUUAGCUUAUUGAGUAAGUUAAUCUGUGUCUCUGGUUUGACAAUGAACCUUAGCAAAUCUGUCAAUUUUCCCCCAAAACACAGAGGCAGGGUAGAAUUGAGUGAGAUUCCCAUUAAACUGUGAUAUAUGUGGCAAGCUUUGAGUCAAUAACUCAAAAAUAGGAAUAAAUAAAUAAAAUGAAUAUGUGGUUAAUAAGGGGUUUGUGCUUUAAGGGUCGCACACUGUUAUUGAAAGCAGAAGGAAUAUCAAGAUCUGGAUAUUUGUUUCUUGCACUAAAAAUGCCUGCUACCGUUUCCGAGACACUGAAGAAACAUACUGUGAUCUUUGAUGCACUGCCACAGGGUGUGCAACAGCUUUUGAAGGGGACUUAAAAGAAAGACUGGGGUUACAGAGAAUUACAAAUGUGAGAUUUUUUUUUUGGUGAAUUAGACAUUACAAAAAUCUUGCUCUAACAGAUAUUUGAAAUGUUGCCUGGAGGGCAAGUUUACUGGUCUGCACAAUUUGGAAAGAUUAAGUGUGGCUGGUUGAUGACUAAGUUCUGUAUUAAUAACAAGGUGAACUCUGCAAAGAAAACAUCUAAAAGAUUUAAUAUAGACACUGAAUGUUUGUGCGAUUUCAGUGAACUUGAAGAUAAAUCCCUAACUCACUUAUUCCAUCAGUGCACUGACAGUAGAGCCUUUUGGAAAGAUAUCCAGCAUUUUGUACAAAGUAAGAAACAUUUGAGUUUAUUUUUAUGUUCAAGUUGUUUACAAAGAUUUCUGGGAGUUGAUUUUCAGUUUAGGGAAAUUACAUAUCCAUAAAAAUAAAUGGGCCGAAUGGGGUAUGACUUAUCCUGCAACCAGUUACUAGGCUGUGCUGUUCUGGCACACCUCCAACGAGGCUUCACUCUCUGGAGUUUCACCUGCACCUGCACCUUCACCUUCUCCAUCAUCUUCAGUGGUUGGGUCACCACCUGGCUUGUGCGGCAUAGUGGCUGGCUGACUGCGCCGCUCUCUCACUGAAACACACAGUGCCUGUUUUAAGCAUCUUGAUGAACUUUACAAAGGACACGGAACAAGCUGAUGUUUACACAAUACCUUCUUUUUCAAAAGCAUUUUCAACAGGCUUUUUCUUCUUCUUUACGGCAGGGUCGGCAUUAGCAUGAUCAUCAAUGGUGACUGAAGGGAAAAGGACAAGUUUUCUGUUCAUUAUGCUGGUUAGGAGUGAUAGCAUUUUCAUGUAUAAGAAACUGUAUAAGAGAAAAAGACAUUUAACCAAAUGAAUGACAGAAGCGGUAGUGUUUUAGCACCUAUUGCCAUGAAGACAUCUUUAUCUGGCUCACACGUCAGGGCUCCAGAAACCAACUUUUUAGUGAGCAGUUUGAGGCAGCUUACUUUGUAAAUGUAUUAAAAAUGGGAGGCAAGUCUGGGUCAGCCCGCCGCGGAGUGUGAGACAGACGUGGAGCAGCAGGACUACUGAGAUAAAUGACACAGAGCUGCUCUGCCUGUCUGUCUCUGGUGUGGAGGAGCUUCUCACUCCUUAGCUGCAGCUGUAGCAUAACGCAGUGUCUGCAGGAGUCUCCUGCUGCAAGACGUGUCACCGUUUGUGUAGUGUUAGUAAUAUGCAUGUUUAAAGUGCAAAAUAAAGAGAAAAAAUGCGUGUGUCGUCUCUGGUCUGAGUAAAUUGUUUCAUUCGUGGUCCUGACCCGACCACUGGUUCCUGUUUUCCCCAUUUUCACUAUUUAAAAAGAGCUCAUCUUCACACAGAUGGGGUCAUUCACUGUUGCAGGUGACAGGGAGACAUCAGCAGAGACCAGAGAUUUUAAAAAAAAAAUCUAGUUAAAAUUUCCAUACAGGAUGUUAAAGCAAGUAAUUUUGGAAAAAUAUUUAAUUGAAUAACAAAAGACAAAACAGAAAAGGCAACGCUUUCAGGUGAUGCCUAUGAAGUGUGUGGGGCUAAUGAGAGCUUGCUUACCUGAGUCCGGCAAAGCCUCCCCUGUUCUCCUUCUGCUCCUUCUGCGCCCCUGCCCCUUUUGCUGGUUUUGGUCCUCUUUCUGGAGCAUCUUGGCAUUGUCAGUCAGUCGACGCUUAGCAGGCUUGUAGGUCCUGUCAUUUCUCUACGGAAAGCAGGGUUAAAGAGAAAUAAAGAAAAAAGAAAUUGAAAAAUGUUCGGCCAGGAUCUUUAACCAUCUUGAUAUGGCGUAUUGUCAUAAUUCACAGAGAGAUAGUUGUUGUUUUCGGUUCUCCUGCCUUAAAGUCCCACUCUGAUCUUUUUUUUUUUUUUCACAGUGUUCUCAUUGGACUUUAAAUUGUAAUCAUGAAGUUUUUUUACCUAAAUCACGUUACUUGUGUCAUUUUUAGGGGCUUUUCUUCUGCAGAACCCAGUAGCUCAUUAGCAAUUUGCCUUUGAGUCAUUGGCGGAGACAGUGCUGCUCUGCACCCUCCUCAUCUGAAGUACAGUACAAACAUGCACUACCUUGGGGUAGUUCCCAGAGGUAACCCGUGUGGAAUUUCUGUAGGGGAGAGUGGGGUAAGAUGAGCCAUUUUUCAUAUUUCAGAUCACUACAGUGUAUCUGCAUAUAUUUCAAGAUGUUGUGCAUCCCUGCAAACCAACAGAAUGUCCAAAGUGGUCUCCUAUGGUCAACUUACCCUGUGUAUGGGGUAAGUUGAGCCGUAUCCCGACUACCCCCCCACUCUCCACUCCAGCCCUCCCUCACCUUUUUCUCUCCCUAAAUAACAGUCACUUCUUCACAUUCAUUUGUAUUUUUAUCUAUUAUACGCUAUUCAACUGGUACAAUAAUUAUUUGUAUUAUUAUUGCAUAUAACUGUUAAAAAGCUGUUUUGUAAAAAGACAUUUUAACAUGAGAAUGUCUUUAAGUGAUUCAGAACAUUCACAGCUGAAUUUUUUAAUAGAAAAAUUAACACAUUUCAACAAUCUGAACUGAAACUCUGAUCCUCUCAUCAGACUCCUUUACUUUCUCAGUUGAGCCAACUUACCCCUGACCAAAUGACUCGUCUUACCCCAGAACUACUGUUAUGACUUUAUUAGUCCUCUAAGCUAAAAUGGUGGACUUUUAUGCUAGGUUUUUCACCUGAUGUUGUAGCUCAUAGAUACCACAAUUGAAGUAUAAAACAAAUUUAAAAUCAUCUUUUUUUGGUCUGAAAACAAUUCUCAUAAAACUUAUGACAGACUAAAUUUACUUUCAAGAGUGAAAAAUGCUUUUUUGGAAAAAAAAUGUACAUGAAUCGAUGCCCAUCUCCUAAAUAUUUGGUCACAUGAUCAAUUUCUUUUACCAUUUCCAAGCAACAGGGGGUGGCUCAACUUACCCCACCCUCCCCUAUAACACGAUCACAAAAUGCAGUUGCUGGGAGAGAUAGACAUCAUCGGCAGUCCUCUCCCAGCAACUGCAGUUCUGUUUUGAUACUGGUGUUGUCUUUGUAAGAUAUUCCUAUUUUCCUAUUUUACAAGCAAGCCAGAGUCACGAAGCCUCUUUCUGCAUCUACACAUCACGGACAGACGAGAUACAACAGGGGUAACGGGGGUACUGUGUGUUUGUGUGUGUGUGUGUGUGUGUGUGUGUGUGUGUGUGUGUGUGUGUGUGUGUGUGUGUGUGUGUUAGUAAACCUUUUUGCUCUUUAGAUUUUCAUCCUCAUAACUUUCACCAGCGUGUGUAAUCUCUUCAUCAUCUUCCACUGCUCUCUUCCGUUUUUCGGGUGUCCUUUUUGGCAUAUUUCGCAACCUCACUUUCCGUCACAGAGAAACGAAACUUGAAGAAAACAAGAAUCGUGUUAGGCGUAUCCCUCAGUUUUAAACAGAUAAAACAGCACUAUCAUAAAUUUAGAUAUUCCUUUAGGCUUUUCGGACUUUGUUGAAUUAGUUCACGUUGUGCCGAGCAUAAACUUAAAUUCUAGGAUAUCAUGAGUUACAUCAGUGUGGCACAAAGCAGCUCUUCUGGUUAACUUAAACUAUAUUCCAAACAGAUAAUAAAGGACUGCCUGGCCGAACAACCGCUGGUAUAAUGCAUAUACUUUAAUGAUAACAUACACUUUAUAUACCUUAAUGUCCCUAAAUUCAAGAAUUGAUGCCACAACGUGAAGUUUGGCUACUCACCUUCAGUAAAAACGUCCAGCAAUAGCAGCCGUCAGUUUCUGUCCUAGAGGUCGGCAGAUAAUGUCAUUGCACAAUUUGCAUAUCAUCAUUCCAGCCUCUGGUUGACGCGUCGACACAUGAAAUUUUACAUAAAACAUAUCUAUGAUCACUUUGAUGAUUCAGGUAACAUGCUGUCUUUUGUCUUCACACCUUUUCCAAUCAAAGAAUUUAUCAACGCUAUUCCAGAUAUUCCAAAGAAACUAAGUGGAACAUUUUUUUUCUGAAAUCUAAGCUUGAAAACAUUAACUGGAGGAGGGCCUGGCUUUUACCUUAUAGAAACUGUAUCACCAACAAAGCUAAAGUGGUAGGGGAGACCGGGGCUUGUUGUCACACUUUUUACACACUUACAUAUUUCUUAUCAAUACAUCAUAUAUAAACAAAAUGUGAACUAGAUGAAAGACCAAAGUCUCAGGUAUAUAAUUUGUAUUCAUGUUAUUUUCAUAUCUUGUGUCAGUGCAGAGUUAUAAGCAAUUACACAGAUUGUGAACACGUGACAUGUUGCCCCACCAUUGGGUAAGUUGUCUCACUACAUGGGGUAAGAUGUCACAGUGGAUUUUGCAGCGAAUAAAACAAGGACAAAAUUAUUGACGUUCUCAUUUUAUUACUCUGCCACGUUCUGUUUUUCUCUUGAAAUUCACGACCAUGUCUUCUUGCUUUCUCCUCCCCUUUAAACUCAUAGAUUGUAUAUAAAAUGGACGCCGUCUGCCUCCUCGCUGGGUGAAGCCACUCCGAGAGCAGCGCCCUCUGUUGACGGGCUACAGUAUAGGUCAUAAAUCCCACCUCCACGCUACUGCGCAAUGCUGGUUUCAGGAAGUGGAGAAAAAACGUGGAAUUACCAAGUGCUUUUUGGCUUCAAGUCGGUAUACUGGUGGGAGGCGGAACCAAGUUGUCCAUAGUAUAGACAGUCUAUGUUUAAACCACUCUUUUCUUUGUAAAAAUAAAGUCAAAGUUUCAAUAUGACAGCUGCUGAUAAGCAGACUCUCUAUGUUAAUUUUAAUCCUUUUAAACAUGUGACAACUAACCUCAAAACGACUGAGACAUGUUGCUCCAAACUACCAUGUUUGCUUACUCUAGCUUAAAGUUAGCUAAAAACAGAGCAAUGACUGAGAUGUGACAGGAUGCUUUAAUCUCUCCUCUAACAAGUUCACAUGUAACACUGCUGGGAUUUUUAUCUGGAAGAAACUUAUUUUAAAAUAUAUAAAGUUAAAAUCUUUUACUUUGGGUUGUGCAAAAUGGUUCAUUGGUGCUCAUCUCAGCUCACAAUGUGCUCUUCUCUUCUCAGACAGGACACGACCCCUGACCAUGUAAGGGAAGAAAACUAGUUUUCCACUUUUUAGUUGCGCCCUCUGGUGGCAAAGAUGAUUUCAAUGUGACAACUUACCCAUGUGACAACAAGCCCCGGUCUCCCCUACACUUGGAAAUAUCACAUAAAAUUCAUCCCGUUAACUGCCUCAUUGUUAUGUUUAUAGAUUGUGACUAAGUGCAACAUUUUCCCUGAGACUGUUAUUGAAGAACUAUUAUUUAAUAUUACUGAAUUUACUUUAUAUUUAUUGUAAUGGUUUAGAACAGAGGAGGGGUCCACAGCUGCACCCGCUGUUCAUUGAGGAGAAUAAGAUCACAUAUUUUCAUGUCAGAGUCUCCAAACUCCAGGAGAAAGUCGGUAGAUUUGUUGUUAAUUACGGAGCCCCUCUAGUGACAUUAGAUAAACAAAAAUAAUGCAUGACGACGAGAUAAUAACAUGUGGCCAUUAGAUGCUUGGCGUGGCCACGAGAAAGUUAAUGUGUGGCCACAAGAUAACAUGUGGCCACGAGAAAGUUGGCCUGGCGUGGCCAGGGGAUAAUUCUCCUUUAACAUCAUCAAAAUGGAUCAUUCAUCAUUCAAAUGGAUAAUCAUGAAGUUGAUUAUCCAUUUGAAAUAUUGUCACAUGUAUGCUUAUUCUGGUAUAUUGUUUGCCGUCCUGGAUUUCCAUAAAUGCUAAAAAGAGAAUGUAAAAUCAACAUAAUGUCGUAACUAUAUAUUUUGCAGGGGUAAAUGACCCAGUUUUUUGUUUCAUUUUGACAUGAAGCAAUGAUGAAGAUGGGUAGUGACAUGACUAGAGAAUUUAUGGAGCAUUAUCACUGAAAUAAAUGCAAAAAUAUAGAUAAAUCAAUAGGCGGAAUUGGACUUGGAGAAAAAAACAAAACACCAGAACUACUCCCACUUCUCCCUUCCACUCAGACAUUUAACCAGACACGAUACUCUUGAAUGCAGUUUGAGUAGACUUUGUUGUUUGCUGUGGAUAGAGUAAAAACUGCUCCUUCAGGUAACUUGGGCCCAACUCGGCCAUAGAUAUGGAGGACGUUCAGGGUCUCUACUGGGUCUCAGGGUGUAUCUACCUUUAGAGAGUGUGUCUUGUUCUGCUCAUAGAGAGGGAGCAUUCGUUGAUUUUCCAGAGAGUUAGGUUCAUCAAAUCCAGGUUUCACCCCCUGUGUCUUGAUCCUACCAAUCCAGUUCAGCACAGUGAAGCUAUGAAUGUUUGUAGUUAUUUUGUCCAGAUUGUCUCACUCCAGAUGAAAUACUUUGUUGCCCUCACUAGUUGUAUUUCAGGGACUGAGAGAAGAGGAAACCUCAUCAAGGGCCUUGGUUAACGCAGCCUCGAAGGAAUUAAACAUUUUCAUUUCUUGUAAGGACUGAGCUGUUGACAGAGAUUUGUGAUUUUUCUGAGAGUUGAUUUUCUGUCUGGGGAAAUUUCAUAUCCAUAAAAACAGAUAGGCCAAAUCUAAACCAAACAUUAAAAACCUUAGAAAAGAACUGCUCAGCUAUGCUGCCACAAUCAAAAACUGUAGAAAAAUGAAAGCUGCCAAAACAUUUACCAUUUUGUGGAAGUGAUUUGUAAAGUUCCUUUUUUUUUUUUUUUUUUUUUUUUGGGGGGGGGGGGGGUUUCUUUGUUGUAUAUUGUAUAUAGUAUCUACUGUGUGCUUGAAAGUAUUGGUUUGUGUUUGUAUGCAAGGUUGUAUAAUGUUAUAAAAAAUAUUUGUAGACAGAGAGCAAAGUUUAAUCCUUGUCUGAUUAGAAACCGGCCAAUGUGGUUCACAGGAACAACAGCCAAGUUUUAUAUCAUGACUCAUCUCUGUGUAAUGAAAACCAAAUUUGACUAUAUAAUAGGAACAUAAAAAAGUGGUUGAUAACAGUGUUGAAUCAGUACAGUUUUGAAAACCUAAAUAUCACUUGGACAACAUUUGAAAACUUAGGCAUCAAUUAAAUACCAAGAAAAUUACACCAUGAACUGUUGUUUCUCUUGAAACAGAUCCAUGGACGUCACCAUGUGUACUUUGUUGAAGCUGGAGGCAUCUACAGAAUGGACACACGAACAAGUACGAUAUGCAGCAUGCUAUUAACAAGCCAAAAACCUGGGAACAGAGAGCUCUGAGAUCUUAUAAAGACCAGACUUAAUCCACAGGCGUUUAAUUAAAAAGUGUUUGAGGGGGGAUUGCAGAUGUUUAUCAGCCUUUCUUAUAAACUCCAUUCCCACAUCUCCAUCUAUAACUUAAAUUGAUCUUUUGGGAGCCUUCUAACUGUCUUUGCCUUUUUUUUUCACUCCAAAUGUAGGUGGACCAGAGCAAGUGUUUAAUCUGGGACAAUUUUCUGAACAGGAGGUGAAGACAAGACUUAAUAAUGAAGAAGGGAAAGAGAGAUUUCAGUGGAUUGUCCAGAGAAUACGUUUGUCCCCACAGGAAAAGCAUCUCGCUGCCAUGUUGAAGGCUGAUCAGAAAGAAGAGCUCAGGUGAGAGCCGAACCAAGUGUGAAAUCUCAAAAAAGCUCCAUUUUUAUUUUUCGCAUAAACAUCCAAUUUGAAACUGGUUUGAUAAAUGGGUUGUUUCUGAAAACCAGGUGUGUAGUUAUAAAACUUGGAAGGCCUGAGUUCCCUCUGUCGGGCCCCCCACGUGUUGUGUUCACAGUGGACAAAGUUAUCACCUUUGGUAUGUUUUACAUAGUUUGCAUGCAUGGAAAAAAUGUAUUUUAGCAACAAUAGUGCACAGACCAAACUAAACUUCUAUGUGUUUCUGUCUACAUGGCUGAAGAAUGGCUGACGGAUGAAGUCCUGUUUUACACCGUACUACAGGAUCUACGCUGCAGCAAAGUAUUUCGCCUGGACCUGACCUCUACUGGAAGCAGAAUAACUUCUGUGUAUGAGGAAACACAGCCAGAGUGAGUGUAACCAUGUUGCAUUUAGGCUGCCUCCAUUGCCUCAAAAGAUUCCUAACUGACCGUCAUUCACUCAGUGUGUUUGUGGAGGUUGCCCUCUCCAGAGACCGAGAGAUUUUGAGCAUCAACUGCAACAGCAGGACCAGCUCAGAGGUACGACUAACCAAAACAACUACACCUCAUGCAGAACCUUUUCUGGUUCAGCCACACCAGCUGGGCCUUCUGUACCAUGUGGAGCACUGGAGAGGGCAGCUGAUCAUACUGGCUAAUACAGGACCUGGACAGGAAUAUCAGGUAGAGAUUGCACAAACAUACAAAAGCGAUAUACUGUCUAUAGAGCAAAAAUAAUUCUCAAUAACACUGUACAGAUGUGUUUUUUUGUCUGAAGACAUAGUGAAAAAUGAGGAUUUUGUGUGACAGCUUUUCAUACACUGUUUGUACACACAGAUAUGUCCAUGCUAGAUAAAUGUGUACUGCUGCCACUUUCUCUAAAUUUCUUAAAAGUGUGCAGUUUCAAAUGUUUGUCAAAAAAGUUUGUCUUUGGUAUUCUUGAGUUAUUCCAAUCAAAUACCUCAUGUUCAGUGACUUUUUUCUGCUAUAAUAAUAUACUGUAUGUUACUUUCAGAAUACAGAAUAUCUGCAAAUAAAUAUUUUGAGUUUUAAUUUUUAAAAGCAUAUUGUUUUGUUCCAAGUGAGGAGAUUUAUCCUUCUGUCCCUUCGUCAGGUGGUACAGACUCCUCUCUCAAAGCCAUCUAUGGCCUCCUGGGUACCCUUGUUUGUGCCUGGCCCUGGUACCGUCAUCAAAGACAUGGAUGUGGUGGGAGACCACUGUGUGUUGGUUGCAAUGUCAGCCGGUGAACUUAUGCUGAUCGUCGUACCUUUGAACCAUCCCGAAGAAGCAUACGUUGUAGAGGUCAGACAUAGAAUAUCGCACAUCUUUGCAUCUUCUUCUUGAAAUUCCUUGUGUUUCACCUCAGUCAUGUAUUGUGCUUCUUUAUCAUAUGAAUAUAUGCUAAGCCACAUUGUUGUGUCUAUAUCUCUUACUUUUAUGCAUUAAUUUUCUCUAUCUUUGAUUUCAACUCUCCUAAGCUCCCCUCUUGGGCCUGUGCCAUCACAAUUAAGAAACCCAGCAUGGCAGACCAAAGCGCUGUGUUCCAGUUCUUGAUUUCAUCUCCGGUCUGCCCCCCUGUGCCCUACAAUCUAUACCCAGAGGAUGGGCUACUUUUAUGUAGCACCAAAGAUGGAUCCUCUCCAGAGAACCAGAACAACUACACCACCACUCGCUUAAAGGUCUGCAGCCAGGUAGGAACACCUGGGUUGUGAGGUGCAAGCACACACCGCAACUAAAAAAGCAGGAAAAGAAAGUAUUUUGAUUCAAGAUUGUGAAACGAGUCAAUGGAGCACACUCUGACACACAUCUCUUCAUAGACGCUGAAUACAGAAGGACAAAUGAUCCAAAGUUAACUUCAUCAAACACAUUGAUUGUCGCAUUGAUCAGUCAUCUCUUCUUCUCAACAGGAUGGUACCUCUGUGCCUUUGACUCUGUUGCACACAGGCUCUGUACAGGGUUUGAAACAGGCACCACUUCUGAUCCAUGUCUAUGGAGCUUAUGGCAGAGAUCUCAACAUGGAGUUUUGCCCAGAGAAAUUUCUGCUGCUUGAGCAAGGAUGGACUCUGGCCUUCUGCCACAUUAGGUAACACUUCAGCUCUCCAGCUACUUUAAACUGACUCAGCGGAUUAUUUUGAAGCCUCUGAAACUGAAAAAGUAUGUGAGGUCUCAUACACUGUGAAAGUUAGUGAUGUGAAAUAAUCUGUAUCCUUCACUGUUACACUUUGCAGGGGUGGAGGUGAGCUGGGUCUCUCCUGGCACAGACAAGCUUGUGUGGAGGGGAAGCAGAGAGCUGUGGAGGAUCUUGAAGCCUGUCUCCAUCACCUUUUCUCUGUAGGGGUCUCCUCUCCCUCACUCACUGCUCUGACAGCUUGCAGUGCUGGGGCUGUGCCAGUGGGAGCACUGUGCAACAGACACCCACACCUGAUGCGAGCUGUCUCUCUGCAGGUAAGAUGAUAAAUGAUCAGAAGUUUGUUUGUGUUGUCUUGGAGUUCAUGGCUGUCAGUGUUAUUUGAUCUCUGAGGAUGAAUAUUAUCAGUGAUUUCUGCCGUAUCUUCCACAAAGGGAACGAGAGAACAGGCGCAGUUCAACACCUACAUGAACCGUUAACUUCCUAUAGUUUUAAAAAUAGCAAUACAAUUGUGCAAAAAUAACAAUGUGCAGUAAAAAUGUCUACCAAUAAUACUGUGCAAUAACCGCUGCUGUGAAAGAGCUUAGAAAAACAAGUAUUGAAGAUUUCAUUACUUUUUAAUUGUUACUAUGUGUCCCUGUGUAAGUAAGUGUGUACUCCGAGUAUUUAAUUCCCUGUCUCCCUUUUUUUAUUUUUUACCUCAUAUUCAAUAACAUGAACAUUUCCAGUACUUUUUGCACUUUGUAAAUAAAAUUUUAUUUGUUUCGAUUUUUUAUCGCUGUAUGUUGUCAUACUGCUUUUGUUUUUGUAGAGACGACUUUAGAAGUAUCGCACAAAAAGUAUGAUGUUUAUGUACUGAAAUGGCAAUAAAUGUCUGUUUUAUUCUAUUCCAAUUUUUUUUGUUCUUGCUGAAAGACAUUACCAGAAAACUUAAAAUGGCCUCUUUUUCCUGUGUUCAGGCUCCUUUUCUAGAUGUGUUGGGAACUAUGGAGGAUCCCAGCCUGCCACUAACUUUGGAGGAUAGAGAGGAGUGGGGUGAUCCAGUCGGAAACCUUAAACACAGACUCACCAUCUCCUCCUACUGUCCCCUUCACAACAUUACUCCUCAGGUAUAAAAAGGAGAUGUCAAUGAAGUUUUUUUUUUGUUUGUUUGCUGAAAAAAAAAAGUCUUUUUAGAUCGGCAAUUAACAAAGGAUUAACAAUUAAUAACUUUGCAAGGCACCAUCAUGAUAAUGACACUGAAAGUGGACCAUCUGUGUGUAUGUUUGUGUGUGUUUUGUGAGCUAGUGCUAUCCAUCCAUUCUGCUGACAGCCUACAGAGACGAUGCACGAGUUCCUCUGGCUGGUGUCCUUAAAUACUCUGAGAGGAUCAAAAAGGCCAUUCAAACACACUAUUUCCAGAAGCCUGAGUCAGGUAUGUUUACAAAUGCACCCCCAGACAUGUUACCACAUAUGCUUAAUCACUUGUUCAUCAUAGAGAUGAAUAAUUGAGUUAAUGCACCCUCUUUUUAUUCCACAUUUUCUGCUUCAGUAGCAGUGUGGAUGUAGAAGCAUGAGUAACAAACAUGUAGCUCUAUGUCUGGAGAUAUUGCUGACAACAUUUUAAGCUUAUGACUGAGGUAUGGCAUAGGUCACCUUGUUGUGUAGUCUGUGUUUCUGUGUAAGUGUCAGCUAAUUGCUCUCAUUUCCCCUUAGACAGUCUCUUUCUCCCUCUCACAUUUAAUCUGUCUUCACUGUAUUGGUGCUACUCCUCUUUACACCUCUCUCUCUCUCUCUCUCUCUCUCUCUCUCUCUCUCUCUCUCUCUCUCUCUCUCUCUCUCUCUCUCUCUCUCUCUCUCUCUCUCUCUCUCUCUCUCUCUCUCUCUCUCUCUCUCUCUCUCUCUCUCUCUCUCUCUCUCUCUCUCUCUCUCUCUCUCUCUCUCUUUGCCGCAUGCAUUGUCUCACUUUUCCUACAGUUCGUGUAGUCUGUGUAUGUGUGUAUAUGUCUCCCUAAUCUGUCUCCCUCUAUUCUCCAGAGCCUUUGAUAAAGUGCUGAUGGCAUAGACACAUGCAGGCGGCCGGGCAGGCCCAUUAGCAUGGUAAAGAGAUAGUGUAUCAGAGCAAGAGAUUAGACGCCACAGACUGGGAGCUGUCAAGGUCAAGACCGCACUUGUGAAACAGCCCGCACCACAGAGACGAGGGGAGGAUAAAAUACAGGGGUUUGAGGAGAGGGAGGGCAAAAUCAGAUGGGGGAGCAAAUAAAUGAGAGGAGAGUAAAGCCUGAGUCACAAUAAAUUAAAAGACCUAGGGCGAACGCACAGAAUGAAGGAGAGGAGAGAGAGUGGAUGUACAGAAAGAUAAGAGUAAUUUUCCUGUUUCUUUGUCUCCAUCUUUCUUUUAGGAUGUGAACCAUCUCCAAACAUAGUCCUGAAUAUUCAGCCUGGAGCAUCUCACCAAGGACCAGAAGAAUUUUCACUGAUGCUUGAAGAGGUAGAACAUUUUUCUCAAAAUUAUAAGGGUCACCCGUAAGUAAAGUGAUGAGACUUUUUUCAUUUUUUUAAUAAUAUAUUUUGUCUACUGACGAUUAUUGACAGCUUCAAAAUCACUCUUAAACCAAAGUUGUGAAAAUGUGAAGACAAAGCUGUUUUUUUAUUCUCUUCACACCUUUUAAAAUCCAGAUUUUCUGCUCCACAAGGUUCAGAAAAUGGUUGGCAGCUGCUUAGAAGUCAAUUUAUCCAAAUUACAAGAAGAAAGACAACGCCAAGAGGAAUUUAAUUUGAGGAUAGAUGCUUUCAUUCAAUUUUACAAGUUUUGGGAUAAUUUAAAUAUGGGUUUUGUCACAGAAGUUAAUGAGGUAAGAUGACAAAUUUGUCCUUUUUAUGUUUUCCCUGACAAAGGAGGCCCUAAAGAUAGCAUUUCUAUAUGAAGAGCUUGGACUGGAGCCUCCUCGGCUUCCACGCAGGAGAAAGAGAAAGCAAGGCCAUCAGAAGGGAAUAGGAAUGAAACCACGGUGACCCGAACAUCUGCCACUGCACCCAUGACAUGCAAGAAGAUGCAAAAAAGUCUUUACAAUAGGGCUGGAAAAUAAGAGCAGACAGAGGCAUAUCUAACAUUAACUUUAUUGUAUGAGACAGUGUCCUACAAAAGAGACACAAAAUUUUUUUUUACAGUCAUACUGAAACUGUGAUUGUUGACUUGUGUUAGCACUUGUAUAAGAUAUCCAGGACACUCAGGUAGCAGGCCUUCUCUGAGAUGUAGCACUCUUUUGAGUGGUUUGGAUUGAACCGAGUGCUGGUGGAGUACCGAAUCACCAAACCCUCGCCUGCUUCUGUCACGAUCCGAGAUUUUUGCAUCACCUUGCCAUUGUUGAUGUGGUUUGUGCUCAUCAGCACCUCCAGCUGGCCUGGUAACUCAUUAACAGAAGAGAAAUCCGUGGUUACAGAUUCAUCACCAAAGUUAAGCACCAUGAGAAAAGCUUGGUCGAGCCCGUCCAGCUCUCUGAUGUAAGAGAAGACGUGGGCAUCAGCAUGGACAUAGCAGAACCAACCACGGUGGAGGGGGAGCUCUGUCUGACGCAAUGUGUUGAGUAAACGGUACUGAGCUAUGACAGAGCCUUCGUCUUUCUUCUGAGCCUGGAGAUGAAAGAUUGGUGAAGGGAAACAUUUCAAUAAAAUAAGACUGAGCAAGCUUUUGGAAUUUUAUCCAAAAUUUACGACUUCUGUACCUCCACAUUGACAGUGCUGUAGUCAGGAUGGACUGGCAGCCAAGAGGCAUUGGAUUUAGUGUUAAAGCCUGCGUUCGUAUCAUCACUCCACUGCAUCGGGGACCUUUGAGGAUCCCGACUAAGACUCUGCGGGGAAAGGAGAGGAAUAAUUAUGAAACUAAAUAUACUUCUGAUCAGUGUUGUAGUCAAUUUUAUAAACCCACAAAGCCAAAUCUGGGACAAGGUUGGAAAUUUGAACGGUAUUAAAGUUGAAACAAGUUUUGAGCUUCAUUUCAGUCAUUCCCGCCUUUAAAUAUUAUUUGAGUAGUGCUCACUGUAUUGUAUUUUCCAGCUGGGUCUUGUACUUGGCUGUCUGUGAUAUUAAUGUUCUCCAUGCCAAUCUCCUCUCCGUAGUAGGUGGUGGGUGUGCCUGGAAGGGUCAGCAGCAGCAUGUUGAUGACCUUAACAUACUUUGGGCCAGCGCUGGAGGCAAUCCGAGGCCUGUCAUGGUUCCCAACCUGAUAACAGUGGUAGUAAGAAAAAUACAAGGGAAGGUGGAGAGAUGAGUGAGGUAUGCUGGGUAAAAGAAAACAAGGUAGAAAGGAUUGAGAGAAGUGAAGUGAAAAAGUGAGGGAUAAGGAACAGAUUGAUAAAGUAAGAGAAAGCUUGAGACCAGCUGAGGUGGAUAAACACUGGCUUUUAGGAGUCACAGAGGAGUAAUAGUCAAACAGUCAUAGUGUAGUUUGAAAUAUAUUGUCUAUAGCUGGCGUGCUCUCGGUGAAGAAGUCAUUGAAGCUGACACUAGAUACACAGUGAAGAAAAAAACAUUACCUGAUGGUCACUGAUCUCAGAGCAAAAGUUGAGCCACAAUAUAAAAUUGUUAUUUAUCUUUCUGAUGCAAGUAUUCAAAUAAAAUGUGAUUUUUUUUUCUAGCUGAUAAAUGGGAUUUAACAAAAGCAUGUGACACCCUCUACCUUAAGGUACCAUUUUUAAAUUUAUUACAUAUUUAUUGAUAUAAUUCAAAAAUAUAUGAGCUUUUUGUCCUACUAUCAUCUUUUAACAUCAGCUUGAAAAGAUGAAGUUGAGUUACACACAGUCUUUAGUCUUUAAAAUUAUGAGGAAAAUAAUUUAGAAACAAUAUCUAAUCAGAGAGUUUAUUGAGAAUGAAGAGAAGUGCAAAGUUGACUGACUAAUCAGUGCUGAUUUCAUCCUGUUUUCUACCCUAAUAGUGAAGAAAGAAAGAUCAAUGCCAUCGGGAUCAGAAACAUACAUCAGUGUCAUUCUUCAAGUGGUCAAAACAAUAAUAUAAGAGUCCGGCCGUGAUGACUCACCACCCAGUUUGCCCAUUUUCCCUUAGGCAUGUUGGACAUCCACAGGUGGACUAGAUGUUGAGCCCACAAGCCAGAUGUGUUCUGUGGCAGAUCCAGCAGGUAAAAGUUAAAGGGGAAGUCACUUUCCUUGACCUGUGGCGUGCCGUAGUACAUCAUGGUCUUGUCAACCUCAUGGUAAUCAUAUGACUCAGACACCAUGAACCUGAAAUGCAUUAAAAGACAUGGUUUCAUGUUAACAUGGAAACAGAUGCACAAAAACAUGCAAGACUCAGUUUGUAAAUGUAUUCCUCGAUACAUUUUCAUAGCCCAAGAAUUUGUAAGAAUACAAAAGCAAUCAGCCAAAAUCAGAUUUGUGUAUUGCACAGUUAGAGUGAGCACAAAAAGCAUUUCUUUGUCUCAUACAGAAUGUACGUUUUUAUCACAUGACCUAAUCAGCCUGUAAGAAAAAGGCAUUUCUUUUGUCAGAGAGAAACUGCUUAAAAAUGUCAGAAGUGUGAUGUGAAACAACUCAAAGGAGAGUUGAAAUCAGUUCAAACAUGCAAAACAGGUUCAUUAAAACUCUUUUGCAUCGUAUCACCACCUGUAUCUGCCAGGUUCCCUGCUGUAGGAUUCCAUCUCAGCCCUCCACCCCCUUAACAGGUCAUGCAGGCCCAGCUGACUGGUGGUGUAGUCAUGGUAGAGAUCCCACUCUGUAGUUACUUCUUCCUGGAGUGUUAGGGAUUAAAAAGAGGAUGAUGAAAUUGACCUUUCGUGCCUUGCUUAUGUCUCAAAGAACAACAGGCUUAAGCAAAAACUAAGUCUCAGUAGAAUAAACCAAAUUCAAUUUAACUCUGUUUUAAUGAUAGACAAUAUUCUGAAUAUGUUGUGAGAGUGUUAUUCUGGUGAGAGAAACAAACACAGAGCAAAAUACAAACUACAGGUGAGCAGCGCUGACUCAAAUGCUGACAUGCUGCCACAAGGGCCGAGAGUAACCUUUUGGCUGGUCCAAAACUGUCCCCUCAUCACCAUCACAAUAGUGAUAACACAGAUGCCUGCUCUCUCAUGAUUGGCUGAAUCAUUUUCAAGGCUGCAGCAAAGUUCCCAGUUAACACUCAUGGUCUCAUAAAGGUCAAUGAGUAAUGCCUGAUAAGAACUCUUAUUAUGCUUGAAUUUUAUGACCACGUGCGGCAUGAGUUAUUGCUUAACAAAGCUGUGGUUUACUUUGAGGUUGUGCUGACCUCUCAGUCACUUAUGUAUUUGGUAUGUCAGACUUUUCUCCCACUUAGCAGUUUAUCAUGUUUGUGGAAGCAGUUGCACUUGAGAGUGCAGAACAAAUGAUUGACCACUGACAAGUCAUUUCUUGUGUAAAUGUUAGAAAAUAAAAUCACUGUUCAUUUAUACACCUGGAUUUGACGGCAGUAACUGCUAACUAUGUUGAACUCUGAUCUCUAGAGUAAAGAAGGAUCAUUGAAGCUGAGUAAAUAAAAAAAUCUUUCAUUUAACAGCGGGGUUAGACCAAUUAUCCAACUGAUUAUCAGUGUUUUAUCUUCCUGAUUGAAGAUUAUUUUGACAGAUAAAAAAGUGCUCUAUUUUGCCUCCACUGCUUGUGUGUCUUCCCCUCUUGAUCUGUUUUCACUCACUACUCUGUCUCCUCUGGCAUCCCACCCACAACACUGUCUGACUGGUGUGAUGCCACAUGAUUUUGACAACAGUACUGUAAGAGUAACUGUUUAACUUUAACACAUGUGUAUGAUGUUAAAGUUACAGCUUUGAUUAAAUAUUUGCUAAAAGAAAUUUGUUCUGAAGUUUUGUGUUGUAAAAAAUUGACCCUCAAAAACUGAUAUCAGAUUUCCUGAUAUAUGUUUUAUGGUCUUGUUGUUAUUAGAGCAAAUCAUAGUAAUCUCUUAGAUGUUCUUCAGCAUAUAAAAAAAAAGAGGCAGUAUCAAAUGUAAUCUCAAUUUACACAUUCAGGUAAUGAGUAAGUUAACUUUCCUCUGGAAAAACUAGUGGGCUGCACCAGGUGUUGUAAAUUUAAUUUAUCUACAGUUUUCUCAUGACUUAUUGAGUCUAUAUUAUCUACAUUAUGUUUUUUCAGUGGUUUUCUCUUUUUGCCUCUUCUGUCCAACCGACAGUCCACAACCCUAAAACUCAACUACACAACAGACACAAUGCGGAAGACGUCAAAGCCAUCUAUCCUGGCUUGUUAUGACAGAUAAAACCACGAGGCAAUAGCCAAACUAGAGGGCUCUGAAUUUUAAUUUGACCUAAAGCUGACCUGAAGCUCAGCCUCACACAAGUUUAAAAGGGUUGGUUACAUUAUAAUCAGAUCAGACACUCCUUACCAUCAUUUAUUGCCAUGUUACAGACAAAAUGGAGCAUCAUCAAGAUACAAGGCAUUCAAAGUGAGGAGGCUUGGUGUGAUGCAUGUUGAGGUAGCACUCACUGGUGGUUUGUUGGGGUCCACCUGGGGUUCAUCCCUCAAGUGUGCAGCCUCCAGGAUGUGCUUC